AAACAUAUGUUGUUGUAAAAAGCCGUGUAGAAACGCAAAAAGUAGUUUUAAUAAUAUUAUGUGUGUCGUUUAAUUCGCUUAGUAAAUCGGUAGAUCUCAAUUAAUCUGACAGCAAUGGAAUCCAACUGCUAUAAGCUACUGUUAUUGGGCGGCGCGGUGCGUCUAUAUUUUAGCCGCACCUCUUUGGCAACGCUUAUCGGAAAUCGCGUUGAGUUCGCAACUCCUUUGAACUCAUUCAAGCGCAUGCAAGAAGGUGUUUUUCUGCUACAGCAAGGAAUUGAUCCGUAUCGAGGAGACCUAGUUCAUGAGACGCCGCUACUCCUUAAGGCCCUGUCUGCUAUUCUGAUAAACUUUGCGGAAUUUCUACCACUGCUAUAUAUAAUCUUGGAUCUGUGCACUGCCACGCUGCUGUACUCGAUGAGUCGCAGUUUUGUUGAACGCAAACUGCUGCAAAUGCGAAUAGAGUCCAAGGACUACGAUAAGGACACGACGGAACUGCAGUAUAAUGACAAAGACGUCCACGACAUAUCAAAGAUGGUCCUAGUUGCCUAUCUGUUCAAUCCGUUAACCGUCAUGAGUUGCAUUGGACUCACCUCGACGGUGCUAAGUAAUCUGCUGCUGGCAACGUAUCUAUAUGCAUUGAUCCGGCGAAAGCUUCUGGCUUGUCUCGUUCUACUCGCUUUUGAGACUGUGCGUAGCCUCUAUCCGGUUGUGCUCAUUGCUCCGCUACUGUUGAUCUUUGCACGCCGUUCUGUCGGUCUGGGCAUAGCCAUACUCAUCAUGUUCGUGAGCUGCUGCUUGGCCAUAGCCGGCGCCAACUUCUUAGUCAUGAAUAGCUGGAACUUUUUGGACGGCACACUUGGCUUCAUUUUCUAUUUUCGCGAUUUACAACCGAAUAUUGGUUUGUUUUGGUACUUUUUCACCGAAAUGUUUGAGCAUUUCCGCACCAUGUUUUUAAUCACAUUCCAACUGAAUGCUACCGUCCUGUACUUGGUGCCCCUCUCUAUAAAGCUGCGCAAGGAACCAAUGUUGCUGGCCACUGUGUUGAUUGCACUAAUGACAGUUUUUCGUGCAUAUCCUAGUCUGGGUGAUGUCGGUUUUUAUUUGGCUUUGUUACCUCUUUGGCGCCGUUGCUGGAAAUUCAUGGCACAUGGAUUUGUGGUAUUUACAUUCUUCCUCAUCACCUUGUCCAUGAUGGGAGCUCUGUGGCAUCUGUGGAUCUAUGCCGGCUCAGCGAAUGCCAAUUUUUACUUUGGUGCUACGCUCGCUUUCUGCACAGGUCAAAUAUUCCUAAUUACGGAUUUACUUUUUGCGCACGUAAAGCGAGAGUUUUGUCUUUACAAUGGCCAAAAGAUCAUGAUUGAUGGGGAAGAAGCCCGCAUACUGCUAGAAUAAGCACACACACACACAAAUAAAACGAAACAUUUUAUUCAACUUAA